AGCCUUAUACAACGAUGGUACGAAUCCCCGAGCACUGUUUGUCCGACCAUUGAAGACUAAUGCAACUAACCAUGUUGUCCAACCAUGUGAACAGAUUUCUGGCUCAAGAGCUAACCCUUCUUCUGCUCGUCGGUAUCGUCGGAGUUUCAAGUUCAGAACAAGGUAUUUAUUCGUCGAGCGAAGAUCAACCGGAGGGUAACAAACUGCGUCAAUUGGGGCGGAUAGUGAACGGUUCCCAGGCAUUACUCGGUCAGUUUUCCCAUCAGGUAUCACUCCGCUACAGCUGGACCGAGAGUCACUUUUGCGGCGGUAGUAUAAUCGACUCCCAAUGGAUCCUCACCGCGGCCCACUGCAUGUUCCUCCAAACUGGGGCGCAGAUCCAGCCCUGGAUGGUGUCAGUGAUAGCCGGAGAUCUUUGGCUGAACCGCACUUCGUCCACGAGUCAGCGACGGUCGGUAUCUCAGAUAAUCAUUCACGAGGACUACGACUCGGUGACCUAUGAAAACGACAUCACACUACUCAGGCUCGGAGAACCACUGCUCUUCGAAAAUCCCGCAGUGCAGUACCAAACGUUACAGUCGAGCACGGUGGCUGCUGGUACCACGUGCCAAGUGGCUGGAUGGGGAUACCCUGCUAUCGACAUUCUGCAUUUGAUGAACGAACUGAUGUACGUCGAUGUGUCGAUAGUGAGCCAGACUGUGUGCCGAAAGCUCUACGUCGAAUUCUCAGACAUUCCUGAUGGCAUGAUAUGCGCCGGGUACAUAGAAGGGCUGCGGGAUGCUUGCCAGGGCGACUCCGGAGGUGGGCUGAUUUGCGAGGGUGUUUUAACCGGCGUCGUAUCAUCUGGAAACGGAUGCGCGUGGCCUGGCUUUCCCGGGAUCUACACCGACGUCAAGCACUAUCGAGAAUGGGUCUUGCGGUGGUCUGGCAUAGAGGACAGAACCGGCGAAGCCAGCGCUCUGCGAUCGCUAUCUAUUUCUACCGCACUACUGUCGCUGAUUGCAGUGUCGCUGUAGCGCUGUGUUCGUGAUUUAACACCAUUUCAAACGGACAUGUUUUAUCGAUGAAAAAGUGAUUAUAGUCUACCAUGUUAUUGUUGUGAACCUUUUCCCACUAUGGGAAUAUGAACGAAUUAUGAAAGAUACGCGUUACGUCCCCUCGGGCUACUUUACGGCAACAACAAAUAAAGAUACGAGAGCUCGCCGUCCGAUCUCUCCGCUGUAUGCCAUAACGCUAAUUGAGCCGGCCACAAAAGUUCAUAAAGAUCACGUCGUCUGAUAUUUUUGUCACAAACCGGUGGUCCGCAGAUAAAACGAUGAUAUUCCUCGGGCGGUAUUCUGCGUAUUAUACGAGUAUUUCAUACACGCGGUUGGAAAGCGACCCUCCGGUUUGUACGAUGAUAAUUACCGCCGUGCAGUUUAGAUGAUAAUUAUCCGUGAAAGGGUGAGCAGCCCGUUGUAUGCAGGGUUAUUUGGAUAAAAAC